AACCCUAAUCUUGUUAUUCUUCUUCACGCCAGCUCCUCCUCCAUUUUAGCAUCUCAUUGUCACCGCCGCCUCCCGCCCGUAAACUGCUGCCGCCGUCGCCGUCUUUCUUCCAUUAGUUUCGCCUCAGCUUUCCUCCUGGUCGUUUUGUACCGAUUUUAUACUUCCUUGUUAUAGUGGACUCAUUUUGCUUGAUUGGAGGUUAUUUCAAUAUGUUGCCUUGUUUUGUGGGCUCCUAUUUAUUUGCCCUUACCAACAGUAAUGAGUCACAUGUAUCAUCACUUAUCAAAGGGCCACUAUGAAGGAAUAAAAAACAAGAGCAUUGUUGAAUUGGACUAGUCAAGGGAGAUGGUGAUUCCUCCUCCAGUUAGGCCACCAAGAUUAACCCAGUAUCUAAAGCCGUAUGUCUUGAAGAUGCACUUCACAAACAAGUAUGUUAGUGCUCAAGUGAUCCACUCCGAAACAGCCACAGUUGCUUCAGCUGCAAGCUCCCAAGAGAAGGUGCUGCGGUCGAGCAUGGAGUCAACAAGGGAUGUGGCUGCUGCUGCAAAGAUUGGGAAAUUGUUGGGAGAGAGGCUUAUGCUCAAGGGAAUCCCAGCUGUUUGUGUACACUUGAAAAGAGAACAGAAAUAUCAUGGUAAGGUCAAAGCUGUCGUUGAUUCUGUGAGGGAAGCAGGCAUUAAGCUGCUUUAAUUUUAUUCUUCUCGGUUCAAUUUGCUUCAUUUUGGGUCCUCCUUUGCCUGAUUUGUUGUUGGGUUUCAUCAAUCACUGCCCAAUAUUAUCAUCUUUAGUUUGGAUUGGCAACCUGAUGAGAUGCAUUAUUGGACUUUGCUUUGAUCACAGUUCACAAGUGAGCUUGAUUGUGAGUAGUGUUUUUUCCUGCCAGCUUUUUUGUCAAAUAAAUAAUAACUAAGAGACUUUAUAUA